GAUACUCCUCCCAUUUGUUAAACCGAGGAGUCGAAGCAUCGUGCUCUGGAUUUCUCUCUGGAUGUCUAGCGAUUGUUGUCUAGGGUUUGGAAGAUUUCCUGCUUGAUUGAUUGGCCUGGGCCGCAAAGAAAGCAAUCUAGAAAGGUUGAACUGGCCUGGAGGCUGGAGAUGUUGUUUACAUGUGUGAAUGCUUAAAUGGUCAAGGUAGGCUAGAAAAGAUGCCAUUCAUAGUCCCACAUGAGUUGGCUGUUUUUCAAACAUUAUCAACUCGUUGUACAACUGCUAUAAAGAGGAAAUAGAUGCAUCUCUUCAACUAGAAGAAACCUCCAUCCUUGCAAUUCAAGAUAAAGGAAAGAUAAAAGCAUAAGCAGGAAGGAUAACAGAGCAAUGCAAUGGAGCAUAAGUGGGAGGAAGAGAUGAACAGGCAUCAGUUGCUUCAUAGGAAGCUCCCUAAGAGAAUUAUUUUGGUCAGGCAUGGAGAGAGCCAGGGGAACCUCAGCAUGUCGGCAUAUACAACAACCCCUGACCACCGGAUUCCGCUCACACUACUUGGUCUUGAGCAGGCUCGUGCUGCAGGGCAACAAAUCAAGGAAGCAGUAUCAAAGGGUGGACAAGCCGAUGAUUGGAAGAUGUACUUCUAUGUAUCACCGUACGAACGGACAAGAUCCACAUUGAGGGAAAUUGGGCGCUCAUUCUCUAAGAGGAGGAUCAUUGGUGUGCGAGAGGAGUGCAGAGUCAGAGAGCAGGAUUUCGGCAACUUUCAGGUUGAGGAAAGGAUGCUGGUGAUCAAGGAGAGCAGAGAGCGCUUUGGUCGCUUCUUCUUCCGCUUUCCUGAAGGCGAGUCUGCCGCUGAUGUCUUUGAUCGUGUCGCAAGCUUCAUGGAGUCCUUAUGGAGGGACAUAGACUUGAAGAGGUUGGGUCAGGAUGAUAGCUGUGACAUCAACCUUGUGAUCGUGUCGCAUGGGCUGACCAUUCGGGUGUUCCUCAUGAAGUGGUUCAAGUGGACAGUAGACCAAUUUGAGAGGCUAAAUAACCCAGGAAACUGUGAGUUCCGGGUGAUGCAACUCGGCCCCAGUGGAGAUUAUAGCCUUGCAAUACACCACUCGACGGAGGAGCUUGUGCAAUGGGGGCUUUCUCCGGAGAUGAUUGCUGAUCAGCAAUGGCGUGCCACCGCCCAGAGAGGCAGCUGGAAUGAGGAUUGUGCCGGUUGCCUCAGCGGUUUCUUUGAUGACCUCCAGAAUUCUUCAUCAAGCGAUGACAUUGACGAAUGCAAAUGUUAGAUGCAUGAAUUAUAGAUAACAGAUUGCAUUCUGAAAUUGACUUUUGACAAUUUGUAUUUUUUUUUCUUUCUGUUUAAUUAAAUACAUUGUGGUUUGUAGUAAUUUGACUGAAGAAUUCAAUUGCGUAUAUUGAUCAAAGAUUCCCAAUACCA